AUGGGGACACUACCAUCCAGCGCCGUGACUUCAUCGAUUGCAUCUUCGUUUAGUGCAACGGCCCCCUCAUCUUCGACAUCUCACCCUCAGCUGUCAGUCCCGCCGCCUGCCAUCAAGAGGAAAACCAGCGCAUCCGACUCGUUGCCAGGUCAGAGACGUAGGGUGGAUGAGCCGGUAGACGCAACCAUCUCAACGGUCCCGAAGCAGCCUUCGAGCGCCGAAACGACGACUCCAGCCCCCUUAGUUGACGAAGAUCUUCCCGUAUAUUCGUUUACUGACUACAAGGACCCAGACCCUGCCGUCGUCUACAUACGCGAUGAGAAGGAGGCAGAUCGGCUUGUCCAGACGCUUGAAGGUCCUCUUGGCUUCGACAUGGAGUGGCGAGUUUUCUGGAAUCCGUAUAGUCAGGGACGAACUGCCCUUGUACAGCUCUGCGAUAAGCGGACGAUCUUGCUGAUUCAAGAAGUCAUUGAAAACCCCUCUAUCGUGAAGACGGGAGCAAACAUCAUGAACGACGGCGAGAAACUUUUCCGCGACUUUGGCAUCCGCGCUCACGGCCUUGUCGAGUUGGGCAUGUUCGCCAAAGUAGCAGACGAUGAGUUUAUGAAGACGUAUUCCCGACGCAUCGUCGCUCUUGCGAAGAUGGUCGCGAUGUACCUCCGCAAGACGCUGGCAAAGGGUGCGGAGCGCACGUCAAACUGGGAGCUGGUCCUCGACAGUAAGAAGAUCGAAUACGCCGCCAACGACGUACACUCCGGCUGCCUCGUCUAUCACCGCCUGCUUGACAUCGCCGCCGAGGCAAAUAAGGAAAUCGACAUGUCGGCCGUGAAGCUUGACGUCAGAUCGAGCGCUGAGGCGCGCUUCGUACCCGCGAAUACCACUUCAACAUCGACGGCCAGCUCUGUCGCUGUCGAUAGCGCAGCCAGCCAGGUGUCUACCACAAGCGCCAGUCGGACAGCAAAAGGCUCGUACAAUACCCCUCUGCCCGGAGAUCCGCCACGACCGCAGUGGAUGAGGGCGUAUAACAUGUGGCAUCAUCGUGACGUCCCGCUUAGCGAGAUGUGCUCGUCGCUGAUGUGCGGAGGCCGCGUCGAGCCUCUAAAAUCUGGGACUGUUAUAGGAUACAUCGUCAAAGCGCUUCAAGCUGACCCCUCGUUACCGUACGACAUCGGUCGCUUGACAGAGCUAGUCAAGAUGGACGCUGAUAGCUGGAAGCGCUGUGGUCCUUGGAUAUUGACCCAGGAAGCUCGUUGA